AGCGUAAGAGUAUAACGUAGCUGCAUAGUGUAGCUGCUGCUAUUUCGAAUAACACGUUUAUUGCAGUGAAGAAAUAAUUUGCACAAAAUGAAAAGUUUCGUGCUUUGCGCCUGUGUUUUAAUACUUGUUUCCUGCAGCUCAGCAAAAUUAAAAGAAAAGUUCAAACCAGAGAAAGCAGGAAAUGAUAUUCUAACUUGCGCUACUGAGAACAAUGCGACUAGGGACGACUGGUACAAAGAAGAAGACGUAAUGACUCUCUUACAUGUCGAACCCGAAAAUAUAGAAAGAACAAGAAAAGUUGGCUGCUGGAUUGCAUGUGUCAUGAAAAAAAUGGAUUUUAUGGAAGGAUCAAACAUUAAUGAAGAAAAAAUUAUUGGAAGAUUAGAUGAACUAGUCAUAGAUCCAGAAAAUGCACGCGAACCUGUACAAAAAUGCUUAAAAGAAGUGAGAAUUAUUACUCAAAAAUGUGAAAAAAGUUUCUCUAUACUCACAUGUCUUAUGAGAAAGGCACAUGAAGCACAAGGACAUGAAGAACAUGAAAGAGAAGAAACAGAAGAAAAACCAGAACCAGAAAAAGAAGAUAUUGUAUUAGUAUUAAGGCCUUUAUGGAUGGAAGAAUCAGGAAGCAUCAAAGAAGGGCAAUUUCAUGCAAAAUUAAGUGAACUAUUUGGUGAUAGUCCUGUACAAGUAAUCGCACACAAAAUUGCACGUAAAUGUCUGAAAGAGGUGAGAGGUAUUACGCAAGAAUGUGAGAAAUGUUUCUCUAUGUACGCAUGCGUUAUGAGAGCUGUACAUAAAGCACAAAAACAUAAAGACCAUGGAACUGACGAAACAGAAGAAGCAGUUGAAGUGGCAGAAACAGAAGAAACAGGAGUAGCAGAACCGGCUGAAUAAAUACAAUGAACUGCUAAAAUUGAUCAUUAUAUCCGUAUAAUUUUAUUAUUGCAAAUUUAUACAAUACGAGACAUAAUUUACAAUAAAUACGAAUAUAUAUAUA